UGCCGGCGCGGGGCGCGCUCGGAGCGGAGCGGGCGGCGGGGGAAGAUGGAAGGAGCCUCCUUCGGAGCGGGCCGGGCCGGGGGAGCCAUCGACCCCGUGGAUUUCCUGAAGCAGCCGCAGACCAUCCUCCGGGUGACGACCUGGAUCUUCUCCAUCGUGGUGUUUGGCUCCAUCGUGAACGAGUGCUACGUGAACAAGGACAGCCAGACCCCCGUGCUGCACUGCAUCUUCAAUGAGAAUGAGAGUGCCUGCAGCUACGGCAUCGCCGUUGGCAUCAUCGCCUUCUUCGGCUGCAUCUUCUUCUUUGUGGUGGACCUCUACUUCCAGCAGAUCAGCAGCGUGAAGGACCGCAAACGCGCCGUCCUGCUGGACCUCGGCUUUUCAGGUUUCUUGUCCUUCCUGUGGUUUGUAGCCUUCUGCUUCCUUGCAAACCAGUGGCAACGGACGACGAUGAGCAUAGGGGUUUCGCAAGGAGCAGACGCUGCCCGGGCAGCCAUCACCUUCUCCUUCUUCUCCAUCAUCGUCUGGGUGGCGCUGGCGGUGAAGGCGCUGCAGCGGUACCGCCUGGGGACGGACAUGUCGCUCUUUGCCACGGAUCAGUUCGGCGCCGAGCCCGGCGCUCCCUACCCCGGCUACCCCAGCGGCAGCGGCGUGGAGAGCACAGACACCUACCAGAGCCCCCCCUUCACCGAGACCUUAGACACCAACCCGAAAGGUUACCAAGUGCCAGCGUACUGAGGGGCGAGUCCUGUGGUGCCGUACCCUGAGCCGGUCGAUUGCAAAUGUAUUCAGUCCCAUUUCCUUCAUGUGGCAAGUCAGUGCUGGGUUCCUUACUAUUAGCUAGUUGUGCAGUGGAUUCUGUACAGUGGUAUUGGUUCUUGUCUUACCUGUCCAAGGGUUUUAUAAAAGCAGUGUUCCCUCUAAGUCAGAAGGAAGGAAGGAAGGAAGGUUGCUACCGCAUCACCUCCGCGUGGCGAACGAUGAGGAAACCUCUGCCUGAGGCUUGGCACCGGGCCGUGCCUGGGACACCUUCUCCUGUCCAACACAGUAGCUGAAGAGCUGUUACUUAUCUCGUUCUUCCAGAGCUAACACAGAAUCUCGUGGUGGCGAAGGGGGGGUCAGCUCCGUGCUGCUCCCACCGCAGAGCUCUCCUGUACACGUUCCAUGGCAGGGACCAAACCCACAGAGAGAGAUGAGUGGUGUCUGUGUCCCCUUCAUCUGUAUAUAGCUGCUGUACAGAGUCAUCUCCACGCCAAGUGGCUCACCCUUAGCUUAGGAUGCCAGUGGCACGUGGCAGGUUGGGGCUGUGGGGAACAUCCCAUUUGCUUCUGCGCUUCAACAGGGCUCUGGUUGAGGAUGUCAAAAGCGGCUGCUGGAAGCUGGAAACCAGCUCAGCAAUAGGUGGCUGCUUGUUAGGAACAGGCUUUUAUCAGCAGCAAAUAGCUGUGUGCUGCAGUUCCACUUCUUCCCCGAGGGGCUGGGACAGUUUGUAGCUGUACUAAUGGCUUCUGGUUGGCAACGCAGAGCACUUAACUGUGCUCAGACCCAGAGCUGCCAGCACAAAGGCCUCAGCAGCUCAAAGCCCAGUGCAAUCAGGAGCAGUCUUGAACUUGUGUUUUCAGACUGGGAGCGGGCGCUGUUUGUCAUCAGCUGCAGCAGAACCUCAGGUGGGAACGUUCCUUGUGCCCUUGUCUCCAGAAAUGAGGAACUCAGGUGAACUGGAAAGGCUUUAGAGGCUGUUGAAGUCCAUUGUGAGGGGACCCCGGGUUUGGAAGCAGUGGGAGAAAAGAGGGAGUGAAAAGCUCCCAGGAAAGAGGCUCAGGUUUGGAUUCAGCUGUGAAAUUCCUGCCUUGGCAGAAGUGUGUAAAGCCCAAUAGGUCCCUGUCAGCUCCCUGCCUGCUCUCCCUGCCUCACUGGUGGCUGUUUGUCACUAAGGACUGAGCAGAGGAGCUGAGACUUGAAUCCCAGCCCCAUGCUUAGAGGAGGGCAGGAGCCGUGUACUGCUUCCUGACCUGGCGACCACUGGCCCCAGCUCUGCCUGCAGCAGGUUUCUGGUCAUCAUCAGCACAGCUCCUUUCUGCUGCAUCCAUUAACAACAGCGACUCCAUCACGAGGGGUCAUUUCCAGUGACCAAGUGCGUUCCUUGAGCACCGUUCAGGCCGGGCUAAAUGUGCAUUUCCAGCCAGGCUGGUGCUGAGCUCUUCCCUGGUGGCACCAGAGCCGCACUGGGAUAUUCCAGGCAGUGUUUCCCAACCUGGAUCCUCCUCUCACGCUGCUGCAGCCUCCCCAUGUGUGGUGGUACCAGGACCUUGCAUCCUGCAGCGGUCCCCACCGUGGGCUUUCCCCGCAGGGACAGCAGAGGAGGUGCCUUCCCCUAUGGAGCUCUGCACCCCCUUGGAGGCCCAAAAGCUAUUGGGGUGCAUUGGGCAGAGGCAGGAGCGUGAGCAGGGGAUGCUGCUCUGCUUUAUCAGAGGUGUCCCUUGCUUGGCUCAUGCAAGGGGCAAGGAAGAGGUGACCGGUGCCAGAUCCUUGCAUGAAGCAAACCAGGGACACCCAAACCCCAAUAUUCUAUAAGCCUAAAUAUAUUGGACCCUAAAUAGAACCCUAAAUGAGGGUCCAUCUAAACCAGACCCUUUGGAUGUUUCUAGAGUCAGAUUUGCUGGGAGCUAAAGAGAGGCAAAGGGGUUUAAUACAGGGUACGGUAGAACCGUAGCAAUAUUUUCCUUAGAGGGAACACUGACGUUUUAGCAGCACAACCAGUAACUUGUGUUAAUAUUUUAGCAACAAUAGAAUCAAUUUAAGUGUUUAAAUUGAUUGUACGUGAGGUAAUGUCUGUUCGGUACCUUGUAGUUUUCUAACUAUAUACCUGUUCCAGAGUUUCCUUGUAACCGUAACCCACUAAAGCUCUGUCUGAGGGCUGGAUGCCUCCUGCCCCCUGGUGUACCCAUGCUCAAUAUUACAAGCUCUGAAUGUA